AUGUCGGAUACCCCGUCUUGGCCCUCGCUAUAUGACCCACUUGUCGAGCUCUUUCCAUUAGAUCACCGCGAUGCCGUCCAACGGAAAGGCAGGUAUUUGAGUCAUCCUUAUGACGUGUUCCGCUUCACGCUGUACUGGACACUCGUCCUCUACGUACCAUCCUUUAUAAUCUGCGGUGCCUACGCCUUCUUCAACCUCUCCCUUCCUCCUCGUAGGCCUAAUCGCAGAGGAUACAAAGUACGGCCAGGAAUUGCCAGCGGGGGGCCGUCCUUUCGAAGUGCCGAAAGCGAGAACAUCCCCUUGAGACGUUAUGGCCGACAACUCGGGGCUGGUGGCCGAAGUCAGCUUCGGCUGCCGACGCGCGCACCGGCUAAGCAGAACGAGACACGUUCGAGAUUGACGUUUGCGGUGCUGGUGUUCAUGCUGUUUGCGACGUUCGCCUUGGGAGGGGCGGUAGUCGGUUCGGCGAUUAUCGGAUAUGUCCUCGCGGGACUGUACAAAGCGGGCAAGUAUCAUAUGUCAACGUGCGUACCUCUUCUUGUUCGCACUCUUCUCUUUGCUCCAGAACGAUGA